AUGACUCUAUCAACCGCAUCCGCCUUGGUGGUGGCCCUCGUGGCCCUCGCCGCACCGACCAACGCAUUUCUCCCCCGAAGCAACGAUGGAGGACCUGUCCACCUCUCCCUGAGGACACCGCGCAGCUUCAUCCCCAACGCUGAGAAUGGAGCUCAGCAGCAGGCGAUGCGACGCGACUCCUUUCUGGCAGCCACUGGCCAGCACCAUAAGCGUCAGGACGCGUCGUCGUUCAGCACCAAGACUCCGCCACAGGACUUCCGUCUCUUCGUGGACACUAUGGUUGAAUUCACAUGGGUGUACGACUCGUCAUGCACGGCCGACAAGUGCAUGGGUAACGUUGGAGGAUUUGACACGAGCAAGUCGUCAACCUAUACGGCCAAUGCCACCUUCAACAAUCAGCCCGGCGGCCCUCCCGGUGUAGAGGCAGCGGGGAACUGGUGUAAUGGCACAUGGGGACGCGAUAUAGUUGGAAUCACGAACGGACUCAGCGGAGCUGAUCGAAAGAACGAAUCUCUCCCCAACUUCUACUUCAUGCAGUGCAAGGUCGGUGGCCUGGAUGCCAACUACACCGGGAGAGCGCCUGGAAUCCUCGGUAUGCUGUCUCCGAACCUAAACAAAACGACCUUGUUCGCAAAGCUCGCUACUGGAUGGAAAGACCAGCGGUUCGCUAUGCAAUUUUCAAAGCAGGUGGCACCAAACGGCCUGUUGAAGUCGGAGGACCCAAGUGGCGGCACUUUGACUCUUGGCGGUGUAAACACGAACCUCUUCACAGGCGACAUCAACUACCUUCCCCUCAGCGACAAGUGGCUUAAGAUUCGCAACGGCACUCACCUGUUCUGGGAUUUCGCGAUCGAUGUGGUCGAAUAUGGAGGCAAGCAAUACCGAAGCACCAACGGAAAUGGAACAACUGGCGUCGUACACACUGUCGCCACCCAAUCAUUAGUGCCAAGGGAGCUUUGGAACGAUAUCUACACCAAGCUCCCUGGUGUCCAGCUUAUCAACAACUCAGGCCCUCAGGAAUACUACGCGUUCCCGUGCAACUCUUCAUCUCAACUCAGUCCUCUCGACUUCACUAUGGGGGGGAAGAAUUAUUCCAUCCACCCAGCGCCCUGUAUACCCCAUACGAAGCGAUUUUGUCGUCAACCCAGGCUAACGGAUGGUGCAUGGGUCUCCUUUCACCCCAGAUGGAAGAGGAGGUAUCACUGCGGCUGCAAUACUGAUAUCACAUCUACUAGGGACAGCUGGGACUACACGUUUGGCCUUCCGUUCCUUCGAGAGCUGUACACUGUGUUCCAGUUCUCUCCCCCAGCCGUCGGGUUUGCUCAGUUGUCGGCGAGCGCCGCGGCCAACCACACUGCCACUGGCACUGGUAGCACACCUUCUCCUACCAAUCCCUCGGGUUCCAGUUCGAUGCUUGUCAACUUCGGUGUUGUCGCCCUAGGCCUUGCUGUUGCUACGAUGAUCUGA